ACCCAUGCUCAACGCCAUUUUUUGCGUACCGUGGGGCCCAGGGCUGGACAACCUAUCGACAUUCAUCCUCUUUCCCCGACGUUCAACCUGAACUCUGUAUGAACGAAUAGGCUCGAGAUUACCCGUUUCACAACCGUUGAGAGGUGGCAGUCGUCUGCAAAGGCGGUUAUAGAUAUCCAAGCCUUCUUGUUUGCUCCCCGGAAGAUAGAGGAGUCUCUUCUGGGUCGCACCUUCGUGCCCAACGGGUUCGAUUCAGCGGUGAGCAAGCGUGGGCAGACGUAUACUUGGCCUGCCUCACGCUCGGCUGCCUUGCUCAUCUGGUAGCCUAGGUAGAGAUAAGACCAACCAAGGAUCAGUUCCCUUGUAUGGAACUUCCUCUCGAGGCCUACAUGUCCAUCGCCCGACAUGUUGGCACUAGAAGAGAACUCGCGUCUCUUUGUCGUGUCUCGAGGGGGUUCCGAAAUGCUGCGGAGCGUGUUCUUUACAAUACCAUCCACAUGCAUGAUUACGUGCAAACGGCGUUGAUCUGCAGAGUGCUUGCCAAUUCGGUUCAUCUAGCCCUCCUCGUCAACGCCAUUUCGAUACACGUCUCUGGAAGUGGUUCCGACAGCGAAAGCUCCCCAAUCCCUCCUCCAGAUGACUAUUGGGGUCUGCUCGCCCUCGCACUCCAACAGACAAAGAGGCUUCGCUUUCUCAACAUUUAUAUCGACGAAAGCUCAGACAUGGGCAACGCAUGGGUCCUGGAUAGUUGCACGUUUCAGCUGCGGACAUUUCAUUGCGACUUUUCGUGGGACGAACACCUAGUGGCCUUCCUUAAUUCUCAGUCCUCUCUUACCGACCUAUACAUAUUAGAUUUCCAAAAGGAUACCAAUAAUCACACCGGUGCUCUUAAUCUUCAGGCUCUCCCUAAAUUAUCAGUACUUGAAUGCACUUUCAUGGAAGCCGCCAGCACGCUCGCAUCCAAUCGUCCCCUUUCACGCCUCAAGUCAUGUUUUACCUCAUCUCACGUUGACGAUAAACGAGGGGAAAUGGCGACCCUUUUCACGAAUAUGCGACGUUCUCGAAGACAUAUUCGUGCCCUCGACAUCGCAGACUCUGUGUAUAACUCGGAAUUUUCACUGCAGUUCCUAACAGAAGUCGCCGCUACAUUCUCCAAUUCACAUCUGCGGUACCUUGGAACGCUGGCCCUUCCCAUUGACGGCCGUGAGCGUAUACAGUUCUACGGCUUGCUCAUGCGCCUGCCUCGCCUCCAAUGUGUCGAGCUUGAGGUCUCAGACUGGGAACCUGCUCCAAUGACUCCUGCUGCUUUGAGGGCGCUCACGUAUGAGUUGCGUCUUUACUGCCCUACAAUCACCAGGGUGAUCUUUGUUUAUGACCUCGAUCGAGUUGUGAUGAGGAUGGCGGACUACAGAUGCGUCCUAGAACAUGAGGCAAAUCCUGAGUUGCUGUGGCGAGAAAUUUAGCAGGAGCUGAAUGGACUUCCACUUUCGUUGUUGAUACUGUAUGCAUUCCCUGAUAUUCAUCUGUAGCCAUAGUCAACCUCUCUCCGUUUUCAUUUAUGUUUUCAAUCAAAGCUCUUGGCCAGUUCACUGGCUCGAUCGUCGGGUGCAGUUCCCGAUGGAUCUUUGUCCAAACAGCGAUCAAGAACAAUAUAGUUCAGCGAUGCAUAUGACUGCAUUUAUAAUGACUAACGAUGACAACCAAACCUUAU